UUUUGUUUUAAAUAAAAGAAAGUAAAUAGAAGUUGCAAUGUAAUAAUGACAAAAAGAACAAGUUUUUCACACAAUGAAAAUGGAUCUUCUAAAGUAAAAAAGAAAAAUGAGGAGACAAAAGAUUUACCUUUAAAGAAGAUCAAACAAACUAAAGACCAGUUACCUUUUAAAAAUCCAAAUUUCCAGUUAACAAAGAAAAAGACUUGGAAAAGUGUUCGUCAAGUUGCUCAAGCAGAAAGACUUCAACUACCUCCAGAUGCGCCAUCAUAUUUAAGUAUAGAAACUCCACCGCCAGUGAAACCUGUUAAAAAGUAUUCUGACAUAUCUGGACAACUAGCAGUUUAUACUGAUCCACAUACUGGAUUGUAUUAUGCAAGCGUAGAAGAGUAUAAAAAGAUCAGAAGACUCACACCAGAUGUUGUCCAGGGUUACUUAGCAUUGCGUGGUGCAAAUCGAAUAUGAUGAUUAUGUUGUCCAACAUGUUUAACAAUAUAAUCAAGUUUAUGAUAAAGUUAUUUAAAAAAAUUCUAAAUCAAGUAAA